AAAGAACAACAAAAAUCUUCGUUUUCAAUUGAACUACGUACCUGAUGGUAUCGAUUGGUGGGGUGGAAUUAGGACAAAAUAAUUAUUAACAAAACGUUACAAUCGCAAUAUCUACCUCCGAAACCACUCAAAUUUGACUCAUCAGUCGUUGGACAAUAAAAAAUGCGACUGCACUGUACUCGCGUCCCGCUGAAAUUGACAACUAAAUGGAAACUCCUGUAUCUCGUUUCAACAGCCGCAGUUGUUGCUCUCACCACAAUCUUUAUUUGCUCGUAUCCACCAACGAAUGUUCACGUCGCCCGCAGGUCUCCAUCAACAAAUUUUCCCCCGCCGACCCAAAACAUUCCCCACAGACCCAAAACAUUACUAAUUUACAACAACGAACAACUGUGCUCUUCCAAUACAUCCCAGGCGAAUAUGUACAAUCAGCAUCGCCAUAGCUGGCCAACCAAACCAUCAGCAAGUAAAACUGACCCCGCAAUCUCUAUUGUGAUCGUGGUUCCGUCACGUCGGAACAAUUUCAUGCAGCGUCGACUGAUCCGUCAGACAUACGGAUCGGUGCGACAGGUUAACAAUGUGAACAUUUUGGCCGUAGUGUUCGUUCUGGGAAGUGAUGAUGAUCCAAAGGACUCGCCGACUGACCCAAAUGCAUUGAAUGUUGAACGGUUGCGAUUUGACGACAUUAUUGUGGGAGAUUUGGUUGACACCUACCGUAGUCUGAGUCGAAAAACGAUCAUGACGUAUGAUUGGCUAACUUCAUACUGUAGUGAAGCAGAUCUGGUUCUGAAAACGGAUGACGAUGUGAUGGUGGACAUUUUCAAAUUAACGGCCGAAUUGGGUAAAUGGACGCCGGCUGAACUCCAAUCAUUUAAAUUUUGGUGCGGCGUCCACAGUCCGGAAACCAUCGAAAGAAAUCCGGAGAGCAUCUACUACGUUUCACCAGCGGAAUAUGGCCGUGAGAAAUUUCCUAAGCAUUGUGCUGGUGUGGGCUACGUAGCGACAAUGCAUGUGAUUCGUCUGAUUGCAGACGAAAUUUCCAAAUCGUUUCUCGGUCCGAUUUGUACUCACGAGGAUGUGUUCAUGACGGGCAUCGUACCAGAAAAGAUAAAUUCAGAUGGUCACGAACCGCCCAUCGAGCGUGUCAACAAAAUUAGGGAAUGGAUAUUCUACAUCGAUGAGAAUAAUCCGAAUGUCGACGGCCAUUACAUUUGGAUAGUUAGUAACGAAGCGUUCAAUAAACCCGUCGAUUUUGAUGAGUUUCGACAGCGAUCGGGAACGCGGGUCUUCUAUCUUCUUCAACACGACGUCGAUUUCGAAUGGAAAUUUAUGAGAUUGUGGUAUUUGGUGGUAAAUUCGUUUCGACAUGAAGAGGCGACCAUUAAAAGCGACAUUGAGUGAAGAAGCCAUCUGACUGAGUUUUAAUCGACGGA